AUGGGUGGCGAACGCGCCAAGGACGCCACACUCCGCCGUCCCGCUGCUCUUCGAUUGGUCGGGAGUGCGUGGACUGCGAUUUACCCGCCCAAUAUCCCGAGAGCUGUCAUCGACACAGUUUCGAUGGCCGAUCCGCCUUCUGCUAAACGCGGAACUGGGUCUAACCGUUCCCAUCACCAGUUCCAUGACCUUUUAGUUUCCCGUGUUGGAGGAACUGGUCUGUGGAGGGAUAGACCAUCUCGAAAUGAUGUCUCUUAUCCUCAGCUGAAUCGCCCUGUGCAACUAAAUUUAAGGCCAUCGCCUCUCUACACCCGGACCACUUUGAAGCAACUCACUAUCAAUUUUCAAGUGCGUGAUGCCUCGCCGUUCAGAACCCAAUCCAUAGCCCGAAGUACUUCUCAAGGCUUGAAGCUGCGAACUGGAAUGAACAGCAAUCUGGCUCCUCUCGUUCCCGACCGUAUAGACCGCCGGAGUGACGGACGUCCCGUACAACUGCCCGUUGACCCGCUGACAUAUAAAUUCUCAGGUUGCUUUGCGGUCAAGAAAACAAACUUGAUGAUGCCCCAGGAUGACGAACGUCCAAAUAGAAAUGAAGAUUUUGAGCUCUUGCCUUGCGGGUGCCCUUACGAUGAUUCCACGGAUAGGAAGGGCGUUCCGAAAACCCUAGGAAAACGUCGAUAUCACAUGGUAGGGUUCUUCGAAGUGAUGUUCGGGACGUUCACGAUUGACAAGAAGAACAUCAAUGGUUCCUCCCAGAAUCAUGUGUUUGUGACAAAUAGGAUGAACACGGCACAAAGGAUCAACUUCUUCACCGUAAACAUUAUCAAACGCAGGGUUGAGCGUGAGCUGUAUAUCUCGGUUGCAGUUGAUGCAACGCAAGCGAAUGCAUGCGCUGCUCGCGUCUUCCAGAGCAAAAAACAGACGGUGGGGCCCGAUAAUCGCAACCACAUAAAUGCAUCUUUCUUGGACUCGGGGUCGUCUCGUAGGAAUAGGUUCGAAGCAUCCAGCUUCACGAUCAACUCGCCGGCUACGACUCUUACACUGAAACUCGACAUAACUCCAUUGCAAUGCCAAAGUGGGCGAUGGGCAGAGCUCCUGAUCGUCCUGCAGCUGGAUGCUUUGGAGUAG